GCCAGCCCCCAGCCCUGGUGCCGCUGGCAGGGAGAGAGUUAAUGCCGCCCGGCCUCUAUGAUAAUGAGCUGCAUGGUAAUAUAGAGAGAGGGGCAGGCUCAGUAGGCUCUGCCGCCGCGGCUGCUGGAGCUGCCGGGCGAUGAGCCGUCAGUGCCAGACUGGAGCAGAAGCUAGGGCUGAGCGCAGUGCCUGGGAAUUUUUCAGCUGGUUCAGCGAGCGAGCGAACGAGUGAGCGAAAGGGGAAGCGAGAGACAGAGAGACUGAGAGGAGAGGGAGAGAGAGAGGAGAGAGCUACAUCUUCGGAGACAACAUCCACGCGCACGCACACACAUGCACACACACACACACGCACACACGUGUGUGAAACGGAUUCCCGGAGGAAAUCGGACUGUGAAAGAGUAGAAGAGAAAUAAGGGAAGGAAGCGCCGGGAUUGCUGAUGUCAGAGAGAGCCCGGAAAGUCGCGGUGGAAAAAAUCGGAAGACAGGCACGGCUUGGCUCAUUCCGAAGAAAAGCCAUUGCCACCUAGCCCGACGCGCUUCCACACCCCCCUCCCCAAAAUCGAGGCUUCGGGGGCCGAGGAGCCCUGGAUGACUAGAGGAAGGCGCUGAUCGGAACCCGGCGGCGGGGCGACUUGAGGAAUACAGAUAAGUGGCUGGCGGCUUGACGUGGAUUUUAAUGAAUUUGGGCUCCAUGUGGAUGUUUUCGUCUCCGUGAAUCCGAGCUGGGGGCAGGGAGCGAGGCUUCACGCAGCCCCCGGGGGCCAAGGCGAGCGGGCAGCUGGACAGACAGGCAUCGGCAGGCUGGAACCAUGUGAGUCUCACCCUUGGAGUGUGGGAUAAACCAGACCUUGGAGAAUCUGUCUCCUCUCCCUACCCCCCCUCAUAAUGGAACAAAAGAGACCUUGGCCUCGGGUCCCAAACUCCUCUGGCUGGCCAGUGGUUCUAUUCUCAGUGGUUUGGGUGCAGCUCUUACCCCUGACAGCUGGGACAUCCCCACUCAGCACUUUCCACUCAGAGAACAGAGACUGGACCUUCAACCACUUGACUGUGCACAGAGGCACAGGCGCAGUGUACGUGGGGGCCAUCAACCGGGUCUACAAACUAUCGGGCAACUUGACUAUCCAGGUGGCCCACAAGACGGGACCAGAAGAGGACAACAAGUCCUGUUACCCACCCCUCAUCGUCCAGCCCUGCAGUGAGGUGCUCACCCUCACCAACAAUGUUAACAAGCUGCUCAUCAUUGACUACUCUGAAAAUCGCCUGCUGGCCUGCGGGAGCCUAUACCAAGGGGUCUGCAAGUUACUGCGUCUAGACGACCUCUUCAUUCUCGUAGAGCCAUCCCACAAGAAAGAGCACUACUUGUCGAGUGUAAACAAGACAGGCACCAUGUAUGGAGUGAUCGUGCGCUCGGAGGGAGAAGACGGUAAGCUGUUCAUCGGCACAGCGGUGGAUGGAAAGCAAGACUACUUCCCGACGCUCUCCAGCCGUAAACUUCCGCGGGACCCAGAGUCCUCCGCCAUGCUGGAUUAUGAGUUACACAGCGACUUCGUCUCCUCUCUCAUCAAGAUCCCCUCGGAUACCCUGGCCCUGGUCUCCCAUUUUGACAUCUUCUACAUUUAUGGCUUCGCCAGUGGUGGCUUCGUCUAUUUCCUCACCGUCCAACCCGAGACCCCGGAAGGCGUUGCCAUCAAUUCGGCCGGUGAUCUCUUCUAUACCUCCCGCAUCGUGCGGCUCUGCAAGAACGACCCCAAGUUCCAUUCCUAUGUCUCUUUGCCCUUCGGCUGUACUCGGGCUGGGGUGGAGUACCGCCUUCUGCAGGCUGCCUACCUCUCGAAACCUGGAGACUCUCUAGCCAGGGCUUUGAACAUCAGCAGCCAGGACGACGUCCUCUUCGCCAUCUUCUCCAAGGGGCAGAAGCAGUACCACCAUCCUCCUGAUGACUCGGCCCUCUGUGCCUUCCCCAUCCGGGCCAUUAACACCCAGAUCAAGGAGCGUUUACAGUCCUGUUAUCAGGGUGAGGGCAACCUGGAACUCAACUGGCUGCUGGGGAAAGAUGUCCAGUGCACCAAGGCGCCGGUCCCCAUAGAUGACAACUUCUGUGGCCUGGACAUCAACCAGCCUUUGGGGGGCUCCACUCCUGUGGAAGGGCUCACCCUCUUCACCACCAGCCGGGACCGAAUGACAUCAGUAGCCUCAUAUGUCUACAAUGGCUACAGUGUGGUUUUUGUGGGCACCAAGAGUGGCAAGCUGAAGAAGAUUCGGGCAGAUGGUCCUCCCCAUGGAGGCGUUCAGUAUGAAAUGGUCUCCAUUCUCAAAGAUGGGAGCCCCAUCCUCCGGGACAUGGCCUUCUCUAUUGACCAGCGUUACCUGUAUGUCAUGUCAGAGAGACAGGUUUCCAGGGUCCCAGUAGAGUCCUGUGAACAAUAUACGACAUGUGGGGAGUGCUUGAGCUCAGGGGACCCUCAUUGUGGCUGGUGUGCCUUGCACAACAUGUGCUCCCGGAGGGACAAAUGCCAGAGGGCCCGGGAAGCUAACAGGUUCGCUGCCAGCAUCAGCCAAUGCAUGAGCCUCAAGGUAAAUCCCAGCAGCAUCUCCGUCUCUGAACACAGCCGGCUGCUCAGCCUGACAGUCAGUGAUGCCCCAGACCUGUCUGCAGGGGUUACCUGUGCUUUUGGGAACCUGACAGAGGUGGAAGGGCAGGUGGCAGGGAACCAGGUUAUCUGUGCCUCCCCUGGAGUCAAGGAUGUCCCUGCCAUCCCUGUGGAUCAAGACUGGUUCGGCCUGGAGCUACAGCUAAGAUCCAAGGAGACGGGGAAGAUGUUUGUCAGUACUGAGUUCAAGUUUUACAAUUGCAGUGCCCACCAACUGUGCCUGUCCUGUGUCAACAGUGCCUUCCGCUGCCAUUGGUGCAAAUAUCGAAACCUCUGCACCCAUGACCCCACAACCUGUUCCUUCCAAGAAGGCCGUAUCAAUAUUUCUGAGGACUGCCCCCAGCUGGUGCCCACAGAGGAGAUCCUGAUCCCAGUAGGAGAGGUGAAGCCAAUCACGCUGAAGGCCCGAAAUCUGCCUCAACCACAGUCUGGCCAACGGGGCUACGAGUGUGUCCUCAACAUCCAGGGAAUCGUCUAUCGUGUCCCUGCCCUUCGCUUCAACAGCUCCAGUGUGCAGUGCCAGAACAGCUCGUACCAAUAUGAUGGGAUGGACAUCAGCAAUCUGGCCGUGGAUUUUGCCGUGGUAUGGAAUGGCAACUUUGUCAUCGAUAAUCCAGAGGAUCUGAAAGUCCAUCUCUACAAAUGUGCCGCCCAACGAGAGAGCUGCGGCCUCUGUCUCAAGGCUGACCGGAAGUUUGAGUGCGGCUGGUGCAGUGGUGAGCGCAGGUGUACCCUCCAUCAACAUUGCUCCAACCCCACCUGGCUUGAUUGGUCCAGUCACAAUGUCAAGUGUACCAACCCUCAAAUCACAGAGAUUCUGACUAUGUCUGGCCCCCCUGAAGGAGGAACUCGAGUGACCAUCCAUGGCGUGAACCUGGGUCUAGACUUCUCAGAGAUCGCCCAACAUGUGCAGGUGGCUGGGGUGCCGUGCACGCCCCUCCCUGGGGAGUACAUCAUCGCUGAGCAGAUUGUCUGUGAAAUGGGUCGUGCGCUCCCAGGAAUCAGCUCUGGUCCCGUACGCCUGUGCAUUGGCGAGUGUAAGCCAGAAUUCAUGACCAAGUCCCACCAACAGUAUACCUUUGUGAACCCAACAGUGAUGUCACUUGCCCCAAUUAGAGGCCCAGAGUCUGGAGGCACCAUGGUGACCAUCACUGGCCAUUACCUAGGAGCUGGGAGUAGUGUUACUGUCUUCCUGGGAAACCAGACCUGUGAAUUCUAUGGGAGAUCUAUGAAUGAGAUUGUGUGUGUCUCCCCACCAUCAGCCCACGGCCUGGGCCCUGUCCCUGUUUCUGUGAGUGUGGACCGAGCCCACGUGCACAGUACCUUGCAGUUCGAAUAUAUUGAUGACCCCCGAGUCCAGCGCAUAGAGCCAGAGUGGAGUAUUGCCAGUGGCCACACACCCCUCACCAUCACAGGCUUCAACCUGGAUGUCAUUCAGGAGCCCAGGAUCAGAGUCAAGUUCAACGGCAAAGAAUCUGUUAACGUAUGUAAGGUUGUGAACACAACCACCCUGACCUGCUUGGCCCCUUCUUUGACUCCAGAAUACCGGCCUGGCCUUGAUGCUGUCGAACGGCCAGAUGAGUUUGGGUUCGUCUUCAACAACGUGCAGUCCUUGCUGAUCUAUAACGACACCAAAUUCAUCUACUAUCCCAAUCCAACUUUUGAACUGCUUAGUCCCACUGGGGUCUUGGACCAGAAGCCAGGAUCCCCAAUCAUACUAAAGGGCAAAAACCUCUGCCCCCCAGCCUCGGGGGGAGCCAAGCUGAACUAUACGGUGCUGAUUGGAGAGACUCCCUGUGCUGUCACUGUGUCUGAGACACAGCUCCUUUGUGAACCCCCAAAUCUCACAGGACAACACAAGGUUAUGGUUCACGUGGGCGGGAUGGUAUUCUCCCCUGGCUCAGUGAGCGUCAUCUCAGACAGCCUGCUGACCCUGCCAGCCAUUGUCAGCAUUGCAGCAGGGGGAAGCCUCCUGCUUAUCAUCGUCAUCAUCGUCCUCAUCGCCUAUAAGCGCAAGUCUCGAGAGAACGACCUCACCCUCAAGCGCCUUCAGAUGCAGAUGGACAAUCUCGAGUCCCGGGUGGCCCUGGAGUGUAAGGAAGCUUUUGCUGAGCUGCAGACGGACAUCAAUGAGUUGACCAGUGACCUGGACCGCUCAGGGAUCCCCUACCUGGACUACCGGACCUAUGCCAUGAGGGUUCUGUUCCCUGGCAUCGAGGACCACCCUGUCCUUCGAGAACUGGAGGUUCAGGGGAAUGGGCAGCAGCACGUGGAGAAGGCCCUGAAGCUCUUUGCCCAGCUCGUCAACAACAAAGUCUUCUUGCUGACCUUCAUCCGAACUCUGGAGCUGCAGCGGAGCUUUUCCAUGCGAGACCGAGGCAAUGUGGCCUCCCUCAUCAUGACCGGGCUGCAGGGCCGCCUGGAGUACGCCACAGACGUUCUCAAACAGCUGCUAUCUGACCUCAUCGACAAGAAUCUGGAGAACAAGAACCACCCCAAACUGCUUCUGCGCAGGACAGAGUCUGUGGCUGAGAAGAUGCUAACCAACUGGUUUGCCUUCCUCCUGCACAAAUUCUUAAAGGAAUGUGCCGGAGAACCACUGUUUAUGCUGUACUGUGCCAUCAAGCAGCAGAUGGAGAAGGGCCCAAUCGAUGCUAUCACAGGGGAGGCCCGCUACUCCCUGAGUGAGGACAAGCUCAUUCGACAACAAAUUGAGUACAAGACUCUGAUCCUGAACUGUGUGAAUCCAGACAACGAGAACAGCCCGGAGAUCCCUGUGAAGGUGUUAAACUGCGACACAAUCACGCAGGUCAAAGAGAAGAUCCUGGAUGCUGUGUAUAAGAACGUGCCCUAUUCUCAGCGGCCCCGAGCUGUAGAUAUGGAUUUGGAAUGGCGCCAGGGACGGAUCGCCCGAGUAGUGCUACAAGACGAAGACAUCACCACCAAGAUCGAGGGGGACUGGAAAAGGCUCAACACAUUGAUGCAUUAUCAGGUGUCAGACCGUUCUGUGGUGGCUCUUGUCCCCAAACAGACUUCCUCCUACAACAUCCCCCCAUCCGCCAGCAUCUCCCGGACAUCCAUCAGUAGAUACGAUUCAUCUUUCCGAUACACAGGAAGUCCAGACAGCCUGAGGUCCCGGGCACCUAUGAUCACCCCUGACCUGGAAAGUGGGGUCAAGGUGUGGCAUUUGGUGAAGAAUCAUGACCAUGGAGACCAGAAGGAAGGGGAUCGGGGCAGUAAGAUGGUAUCUGAAAUCUACCUGACCCGGCUGCUGGCCACCAAGGGUACAUUGCAGAAGUUUGUGGACGACUUGUUCGAGACCUUGUUCAGCACCGUACACCGGGGCAGUGCCCUUCCCCUGGCCAUCAAGUACAUGUUUGAUUUCCUGGAUGAGCAAGCAGACAGGCACAGCAUCCAUGAUACAGAUGUGCGGCACACCUGGAAAAGCAACUGCCUCCCUUUGCGGUUUUGGGUGAAUGUGAUCAAGAACCCUCAGUUCGUGUUCGACAUCCACAAGGGGAGCAUCACCGAUGCCUGCCUGUCGGUGGUGGCACAGACCUUCAUGGACUCCUGUUCCACGUCCGAGCACCGGCUGGGCAAGGACUCCCCUUCCAACAAGCUGCUCUAUGCCAAGGACAUUCCCAGCUACAAGAGCUGGGUGGAGAGAUACUAUGCUGAUAUCGCCAAGCUGCCGGCCAUCAGUGACCAGGACAUGAAUGCCUACCUCGCAGAGCAGUCACGCCUCCAUGCUGUGGAGUUUAACAUGCUCAGUGCCCUCAAUGAAAUCUACUCCUAUGUCAGCAAAUACAGCGAAGAGAUCAUUGGGGCCCUUGAGCAGGAUGAACAGGCACGGCGACAGCGGCUGUCAUAUAAAGUGGAACAACUGAUCAAUGCCAUGUCCAUUGAGAGCUGAGAGGAGGCUCCUGGCACAUCUCUUGAGAGAAGAAAGAGAAGACGAGGAGGCAGCCUUCAAUUCUUCGAAACUGGGAAGCUGGAAGUGAAGGACUAGUGACGGGAGGAUAGCUCCCAGGGCUCACUGAAGCCACCCUGAGGGAACGGGAGGGCUGUGCCCCUCCCCCAGCAUCCACCAGGGUUCACCCUAUCCAGUUCCCGAAUCAUCGAACAGUGGGCAUCAUGCAUCCUUGGCAAGAACGAGAGAGAAAUGGGAGCCAGGAGGUCGUCCUGGAAGCCAAGAGGCAGGAGCCGGGGACAAGUCUGCCUCUGUGACUGCUGCUUUGCAUGAAAAAAAAGCAUUUAAUGUAUAUUGAGAAAUAAUGAAAACUUUAUUUAAUUUUUUUUAAGAAAAAGAGAAAAAAACUACAGAAAUAAAAUAGACAAAAAAGCCA